UGAGGGGGAGCGAUUGCUCUCUCUUCGCUGCUUUGCCAGUUUCUAUCUUCUCUGUGGGGUCCAGCAUGGUCGUCCUGAAGGGAAUCCCCUCAGUGUUAUCUCCUGAGCUGCUGUAUGCUCUCGCUAAAAUGGGCCACGGGGAUGAACUGGUUCUUGCUGAUGCAAAUUUUCCAGCAUCUUCCAUUUGUGCUUGUGGCCCAAAAGAGAUAAGAGCUGAUGGUUUGGGAAUCCCACAACUUUUGGAGGCAAUUUUGAAGCUGUUGCCCCUGGACACCUAUGUCCCUUCUCCGGCUGCAGUCAUGGAUCUGGUAGACAGUGACAAACAGAGAUGUUUAGCUGUCCCUGUGUGGGACACCUACACACAGCUCCUCGGUCAGGCUGGGUCUGAGUCUCCUCUUGAGAGGGUGGAGAGGUUUGCUUUCUAUGAGCGAGCCAAGAAAGCCUACGCUGUUGUGGCAACAGGUGAAACAGCUCUGUAUGGUAAUCUGAUACUGAAGAAAGGGGUCAUCCCUGCUGAGCUGCUACAGUGACACACAAACUAUUAAAGUAAUGAUGAUGUAAUAGUUUCAGUCCGAAGUGAGUUUUUUUUCUAGUGAAAAUCUGGAGAAGGUGAAUAUUUUUGCAUAAAACCUAUUUCAAUUUUUGUUCAGUUUACAGUUCAAAACAAAGUUUGUUCUUGUUAAUGUGUGAUUAUUACUGUAAAAUAUGAUCAGAUUGAUCGCCAGUUUACAUGUAGCAGAAAUUAUUUUGUAUUUUUGUAACUAUUGUCUGUUUUGGACAUGCAUUCCAAUAAAUAAAACACAUGAAGUCUUUGAUUUAUGUGUUAAAGCAUUUUUA